UCAAACAACGAUAGAUUCAACUUUUACUUUCUCCAUCCUCCUCAUCCUACUCUACAUGACCCAUGUUUCUCUCCACUCUCCUCUAUUUGUGUACUAACAAAAAUAAUCACAUCGCAAUUAUAUUACUUUAAAUUUUGACACCCCAUAAUUAUCCAUCCUGCACAGAAAAAUAAAAUCAAGAACUGGGGUUUCAGCUUUCAUUGAUUUCUUGAAUUAUAAAACCGUUCUGGGAAUUUUAUGAGAUCACAUCUUCAAAAUUUUUGCCUGACCCACCAUUAGAAUUACACACAAAAAACAAAUACAAAUACAAACCCUUUGUAUCUCUAGGUAACUAGUCAUCAUCAUUUCUUAUUCAGUGCAUUCAAUUUUUUCUGAUUCAACCUGUCCUUUUUACCACCCUGGUAAUACUUUCAUUUACACCACCUUCACCUGCCAAGUUUAUGAAUGUAUACAUACAAAUUUACAGUCUUUUAUGUAAAUUAAUGUGGCCCAUCUGAUUUUCUUGGAUUGUUUUUGUACCAUUUUUUGUUUUAUUGUUCACUAGGUUUUGGCGUUUCUUUUGUUUAUAUUUGAGAGUGCAGCAGAAAAAGGAGCUGAUAGAUAUUCACUUGUCACCUCUUUGCUCAAAGAUUCUUGGAACACAUGUGUUUACAUUGGCUGGCCCUUGGAAAUAGUAUAGUGGUGUUUGGGAUUUACUCAUUAUGAUUAUCCCAUGCUUUGAUUCAAUAAACUUGGGUAGUGAUAUAUGAGUUCUGGGAAACAUUUGCUUUCAUUGUCAUCGGACUCUCCAUCUCCCCAUUCUCCUAAUUCAGAUAAUUGCCAACCAAGUAGUUCUUUGGAAUAUUCACCUGUUGUUUUGGAGGACGACCCGCAAGCCAGCUUUCUGGUUAAGGCUGAGAAAUUAAGUGUUGACACUAACCUAGACGUUUCUGGUGAACAUUCUGCUUCUGCCGCAAAAUCACAGGACUUGCAUUCCACUUGUCUCCAUAGUUGGGAAUUUCCUUUGGAACACACCCCACCAGAGAGGAAAAAAUGCCUGGUGUCGUGGGGUAGUGAUUCUAAGCUGCAACACGGUUGUGAAUACACUCCCAUGUCUACGUCUUCACCUCCACCAGGUUCACCUCGGACGGAUUUGGUUGUUGACCAAGUUGAGAUCCCUAGGGUCUAUCACAAGAGCAUGCAGUCUGAUGAUGGUCGUGAAGCUAAUUACAGGUCAAUAUAUAUAAAUGACCCCUCUAUGACUAACGAUAAGUAUCGGUUUAGGGGUAAUGAGAUUCGAACCAGCAGGUACACUCUCAUUAACUUCUUGCCCAAGAAUCUCUUUAUUCAGUUCCACAGGGUUGCUUAUCUAUACUUUUUAGGCAUUGCUGCCCUAAAUCAGCUUCCGCCUCUUGCAGUAUUUGGGAGAACUGCAUCUCUGUUUCCCCUACUUUUUGUGCUUUUAGUUACAGCAAUCAAAGAUGGUUAUGAAGAUUGGCGAAGACACAGAUCAGAUCUGUAUGAGAAUAAUCGGAAAGUUCUGGUGCUUCAAUCUGGCAAGUUCCAGAAUAAGAAAUGGAAGGAUAUAAGAGCCGGUGAAGUUGUGAAGGUCUCUGUUGAGGAUUCGAUUCCGUGUGACAUGGUACUUUUACGGACUAGUGAUCCUAGUGGAAUUGCUUAUAUUCAAACGAUGAACUUGGACGGUGAGUCGAACUUGAAAACAAGGUACGCCAGGAAUGAGACAAUUUCAAUGGAUUUUGAAGGGGGCGAAAUCUCAGGAGUCAUCAGAUGUGAACAACCAAAUAGGAACAUAUAUGAGUUUAUGGCCUACAUGGAGUUGGAUGGACAGAGAUAUUCACUAAGCCAAUCAAAUAUAAUCUUACGUGGUUGCCAGCUGAAGAACACAGAGUAUGCAAUUGGUGUAGUCAUUUAUGCCGGGCAGGAGACAAAAGCCAUGAUGAAUAGUGCAGCAUCGCCAUCCAAAAGGAGCAGACUGGAAACUUAUAUGAAUAGGGAAACUAUUUGGUUGUCAAUUUUUCUUAUCGUCAUGUGUGGAGUAGUGGCUCUUGGGAUGGCUUUAUGGCUAAAGCGUCAUGACCGCGAGCUUGAUAGAUUGCCUUAUUAUAAGAAAUCUUAUUCAGUAACAGGAAUGAGACCUGCCAAAUUAUACAAAUAUUAUGGGAUUCCUAUGGAGACCCUUUUCUCCUUCUUGAGUUGUGUAAUAGUGUUUCAGAUAAUGAUACCAAUAUCUUUGUACAUCACCAUGGAGUUGGUUCGUCUAGGGCAGUCAUUCUUCAUGGUCAAAGACAAGCAUAUGUAUUACAAACCUACUGAUACAUGGUUUCAGUGCAGAUCCCUGAAUAUAAAUGAAGAUUUAGGUCAAAUUCGUUAUGUAUUUUCUGAUAAGACAGGAACACUUACUGAAAACAAAAUGGAAUUCAAGAAAGCAAGUGUGUAUGGAAAGAAUUGUGGAACAUUCCUGGCUGCACCAAGCACCUCACAAGAUAAAGACAUUGCAGGACCAUCAACAGCCUCUUCCUCGGGAAAAGAAAAGUUGAAGCUAAAAUCAGAUAUUACUCUUGAUUCAGAACUCAUGGCCAUGCUACACAAGGACCUUACAAAAGAGGAUAGGAUAGCAGCACAUAAGUUUUUUCUUGCAUUGGCUGCAUGCAACACUGUAAUUCCUAUCCAUGCAAGUUCCGCUUGCACUGGGAGCAUAGAUGACGAUGUCAAUGCUAUCGACUAUCAAGGCGAAUCUCCUGAUGAAAUAGCAUUAGUUACUGCUGCCUCGGCUUAUGGAUAUACUCUUUGUGAGAGAACUUCAGGGCACAUUGUUAUAAAUGUUAAUGGUGAGAAAUUAAGGUUGGAUGUUUUGGGUAUGCACGAGUUUGAUAGUGUACGGAAAAGGAUGUCUGUUGUCAUCAAACUUCCCAAUGGUGAGAUUAAGGUACUGGUGAAAGGUGCUGAUACAUCAGUGUUUAAUAUUCUAAAUGAAGACCCAGAAAAGGAUGAGCAUUUAAAGCAAAUGACUGAAAGCCAUUUAAAUGAAUAUUCAGCUGAAGGUCUUCGAACACUAGUUGUUGCUGGCAAGGAUCUUACUGGGGGAGAACUUGAUGAGUGGCAACACACGUAUGAAGGUGCGAGCACUUCUUUGACUGAUAGAUCUUCAAAGUUACGUCAAUCAGCAGAUUUUAUCGAAUGUAAUUUGAAUCUACUGGGAGCUACUGGAAUUGAGGAUAAGCUUCAAGAAGGUGUGCCAGAAACCAUCGAGUCUCUGCGAGAAGCUGGAAUCAAGGUCUGGGUUCUGACCGGUGACAAGCAAGAUACAGCAAUUUCAAUUGGUUUAUCUUGCAAAUUGUUGACUUCAAAUAUGCAGCGGAUCAUUGUAAAUGGUAAUUCAGAGAAUGAAUGCCGAAAACUUUUAUCUGAUGCGAAGCUUAAAUAUGGUGUAAACUCGACGAAUGCCAGAACUGAAAAUUCAAAAUCGAGGGACAACACGGAAACUGAUUAUCAUGAGAUUCCUGCAGACAUGAAUCUUAAUGAUUUAUCACAUUCACAAGUCAGGAAGGAAGAAGGUAGUGGAAGUACAACAAAGCCAACACUAGCCCUGAUAAUUGAUGGGAAUAGUCUAGUUUACAUCCUAGAGAAGGAUCUGGAGUCUGAGUUGUUCGAUCUUGCAAUCGUAUGUCGGGUUGUACUCUGCUGCCGUGUUGCUCCUUUGCAGAAAGCUGGCAUUGUCGACUUGAUAAAGUGCCGUACUGAAGAUCUGACACUAGCUAUAGGUGAUGGGGCGAAUGAUGUUUCAAUGAUACAAAUGGCGGAUGUUGGUGUUGGCAUAUGUGGCCAGGAGGGGCGGCAGGCCGUUAUGGCAUCUGACUUUGCUAUGGGGCAGUUCCGAUUUUUGAAAAGAUUGCUCUUGGUACAUGGGCACUGGAAUUAUCAGCGCCUGGCUUAUCUUGUCCUUUACAACUUCUAUCGAAACGCAGUGUUUGUAUUGAUGCUUUUUUGGUAUAUGCUGUUCACAGCUUUCUCCACAACUAAUGCAAUAACUGAUUGGAGUAGUGUCUUUUAUUCUCUUAUAUAUACUUCUGUACCUACUAUUAUUGUUGGAGUCUUGGACAAAGACUUGAGCCACAAGACAUUAUUCCAGGUUCCGAAGCUUUAUGCUGCAGGCCAUAGAAAUGAGAGUUAUAAUCUGCAGCUCUUCUGGAUCACAAUGAUUGAUACACUAUGGCAGAGCCUUGUCCUAUUUUUUGUACCUUUUCUAACUUUCAGAGUGAGCACGAUUGACAUUUAUAGCGUCGGUAGUCUGUGGACCAUUGCGGUUGUUAUUUUAGUGAAUCUUCAUCUUGCAAUGGAUAUUAAAAGAUGGGUUCUACUGACACAUUGCUCAAUAUGGGGAUCAAUUUUGGUUACAUAUAUCUGUUUGGUGAUAUUGGAUUCUAUACCCGAUUUCCCGAAUUUUGGCACAAUCUACCAUUUGGCAACAUGGCCUGCUUAUUGGCUUUGUAUUCUACUUAUUAUAGUCUUAGCUUUGCUCCCACGCCUAAUUUUCAAAGCUUUAAGUCAAACUUUUAGGCCUUCUGAUCUUCAAAUAGCUAGAGAAGCUGAGAUACUGAGAAAACGGCGGGGUUAUGUUUGGUCUAAGCCUUCUCAGGGUUCAAUGCACGUGCGUGAUUAGUGUUUCAGCCGAACCAUUUUAAUGCUUGGAAUUGAUCAAACUAAUCGCCCACCUCAUGGCUUAUAAUUAUGACUGGUAAGUAUAAUAUUUACUCGAUCACGGACAACUAUUGGUGGCUUUGUUGUUUUUCCAGAUGAGUUGUCCAGAGUAUCUGGUUAUGUGUAAAGGCAGCCAGUCUACUAAGCUUGGCAAAGAGGUGAUUAUUUGCAACACAGUGGCAAUGUGGAGCCUGCAUAAAUCGUGCAUGAGCUGCGGGAACUACGAUUGAUGGUAUUAGUUGUAAUGCAAGUGAGGGUGAGCAGUGUAAAAUUCCUCCUGAUUGCAGAAUGGUGGAAAAUCAGAUACAUAAUACUUGCAUGCGAGAUAGAUGACAAGUUUGAGGUAAAGUUAUAGAGCUAUCACCGGCUGCACUUGAAGAGGACAUGAAAGUUAAAGUUUGCAGAGCGCUCAUCACUGCACUUGAAAGGCCAGGACUCUUUAACAUGAAACACUCCUGGAAAUUGAGGGGUGUUUCCUAAAAGUAUGUUCAAUUUCCAGUUGCUGCUAUUAUGUAAUCAUUGUGCAAAUAUGUUGCGCUGUAAAAGCAAUGCAAUCAAAUUCGGAGCACUAUUUCAAUUUUCCACUUCUUAUGAACUUGCAUGUUUCUUAACUCUGUAUACAUGUAAUGCCAUUGAUGGAGUCACCAUGUGAGGUUUUAUGAAAACUGAGGGAACCUUGAUCUCUUCAUAAGAGAGAAUCUACAUUUGCACUGAGUUAUGAUUCGCCUAAAUAGUGUCUGAAGUAUGAUCAGGUUGUUCCGAGUCUUGAAUUAGUUAAUUUUUUACACUGGAAAUGUAACAGCAUGUUGCUGGUUUAUAUCUAUCAACAUUUUAUUGUC